UGGCUAUGGCAUCCACAUCGUCCAUCUGUAUACACAUAUAGCAACCUUCAUUGACGCACUCUUCGUAUAAUUCCUUCCUUUCUGCACAAUAAAUUACACAAAUCACACCGGAUUGUCAGCUAUCUUUCCUUCGUAACAUCAAUUAAUUGAUUUGCCCCAUGUCAUUUUACAUAAUCUACUCCAUUUUCUUUGUUAAAUCCUCAUUUCUCAACUACUCUCGUCGUCCGAUCUGACCCAAAUUUGGUGCUUCCUUAUAAUUCUUACACGGAACCUGAUUUCGUGAGCUUUAACACAACCCCUUGAAUCAAGGCAGUGGUGCAUUUGGUUUUAUUGGAAUAGUGGAACUUUGGAUGAUUGAGUUGGCUUUGCUAGUACCAUAGCAUACUUAGUUCCAGAACUUCCAGUACACCCUUAGACAUGUCGGCUGUUGAUAUAUCCAAAUAUGAACAUAGUCCUGUCCAUAAGGCCAUCAUUUUGAAGGAUUAUGCUGGUCUCAGGAGAAUUAUUGCAGGCCUUCCCAAACUUGCUGAACCAUCUGAGAUACAUACAGAAUCAGUUUCAAUAGCAGAAGAAGCUAAGGCUGAGGCCAUAGCUGCUGUGAUUGAUCGACGUGAUGUCCCUAGCCGAGAAACUCCACUUCAUUUGGCUGUUAAAUAUCGUGAUGAGAUUGCGACGGAGAUGCUUAUGCUUGCUGGUGCAGAUUGGAGCUUGCAGAAUGAUCAGGGUUGGAGUGCAUUACAGGAAGCAGUCUGUAAUAGAGAAGAAGGGAUUGCGAGAAUCAUAGUCAGGCAUUACCAGCCACUGGCCUGGGCGAAAUGGUGCAGAAGGCUGCCUCGGUUGAUUGGGACAAUGCGAAGGAUGAGAGAUUUUUAUAUGGAAAUCACAUUUCAUUUUGAGAGCUCAGUUAUCCCUUUCAUAUCAAGAAUUGCCCCUUCUGAUACUUACAAAAUUUGGAAGAGGGGUGCAAAUUUAAGGGCUGAUAUGACUUUGGCUGGCUUUGAUGGUUUCAGAAUACAACGAUCUGAUCAGAGUAUUCUUUUCCUUGGUGAUGGCUCUGAGGAUGGUCAAGUUCCUCCAGGUUCACUAUGCAUGAUUUCACACAAAGACAAAGAGGUAAUGAAUGCUUUGGAUGGUGCUGGUGCUCCAGCAACCGAUGCAGAAGUGCAGCAAGAAGUUACUGCAAUGUCUCAGACCAAUAUAUUCAGGCCUGGAAUUGAUGUGACUCAAGCAGUUCUUUUACCUCAAACAACAUGGAGGAGAGUAGAGAAAACAGAAAUGGUGGGACCCUGGAAAGCUAAAGUUUAUGAUAUGCACAAUGUGGUUGUUAGUAUCAAAUCAAGAAAGGUGCCUGGGGCCAUGACAGAUGACGAGUUAUUUAGUUCUUCUGGCAAUGAGAAUGAAACAGAGAAUGAGCUUGAUGAUGUCUUGACAGAGGAAGAAAGAAGGCAACUUGAGGUUGCUCUUAAGAUGGACUCAUCAGAUUUGGGCAACGAAAAUGGUGAUGACAUCAUACCACACCGUCAUAGUUGUUAUGACCACAGGGAUAUAUCCAUCGAGGACAUAGACAGUUGUAGGAAUGGAGAAGUUAAGCAAGAAAAGAAAGGAUGGUUCAAUGGAUGGAGGAGAAGGGAAAAUAAGCCGGUCGAUGAGAAAAAAGUUGCUCCCCCUAGAAGCUCUUUGUCUGUGGAAGAUAAAGUUAGUGAUUUUCUAGAGGACUCUCCUAGAAGUCAAAAUAGGACAGGUAGGCACUCUGUCGAAGUGGUCGUGAAACGGGAUGAUCAUCGGAGAGGAAAAGACUCUAAAGCUUCUUCAUCUACAAGUACUGACAGUGGAACUCGAAGAAAGGAUGCAACUCGGGAAAAUGAGUAUAAAAAAGGUUUAAGGCCCGUUCUUUGGCUUUCUCCAGAUUUUCCAUUACGAACUGAAGAACUCUUGCCACUGCUCGACAUUUUAGCUAACAAGGUCAAAGCUAUAAGACGAUUAAGGGAGUUAUUCACUACAAAACUACCAAAGGGGACCUUUCCUGUGAAGGUUGCUAUUCCAGUAGUUCCUACUGUAAGAGUCAUAGUUACAUUUACAAAGUUUGAAGAGUUGCAGCCACUAGAUGAGUUUUCAACUCCCCCUUCAAGUCCAACUGGUGUUGGCAAGGAGAGCCCUAUGGCGCAAUCUUCAAGUUCGUCUUGGUUCCAGUGGAUAAAAUCUCCAUAUCAACGGCCCAGUUCUUCUGCUGGUGGGUCUAGCAGCAGGAUUGAUAAUCUUCAAGAUCCAUUUGCAAUUCCUUCCGAGUAUUCAUGGAUCACCGCUGAAGCAAAGAAGAAAAAGAUGCAGGAAAGGAGCAAAUCUAAGAAAUCAAAAAUUCCAAAGUAGUCUUCUUGACAAUAUCGCUCUGGGAUAGAUCAUCUUGCUGAAAGUCCAGUUCAGUUACUUAGACGAACAACAGAUUGCAUUGCAUCGGGGUAAGAAUAUCAUCGUUGGUUGUUUUAAUAGUUUGACUCUGUUAUAUCAUUGUGGGGGGUUUAUAGAAGUAUGAAUCUGUGAUUCUUGUAACCAUAAAGACCGAUGUUUCAUGUUUGGGCGGACAGUCUACCAUUCUCAUUUGGCACGACUUUUCGAUCCAUGAACAUUUCAGUUGAGCAUCUUUACUAACAGAUUGAAGGAUAUUGUAUAUUCGUUGAGUCUAUCACUAUCAUUUCUUAAUUGUUUCCUUGCAGUUUGAGAAAUCAGUGCUGUAAUUGCUCUGUUUUUAUUUAAAGAAAGUGAACAGCAGAUUGUCGUUAUUUGUUUCA